AUGCCGGGCACGCCGACGCAUGUGCUAUUCGAAUGCGCCGCCGGCCUUGCUCUGUUCAAGGUCGAGCAGGUCGAGAGCAUUGGCUCCCAAACAAAGCAGGUUCAGGAAGCUAUGACCGACUUGCCCUCGUUCGGCAAGAUGGUCAAGUUGGUCAGCUUCAGCCCGUUCAAGAGUGCACCGGAAGCGCUCCAGGGUGCGCUGGACAUCUCGGAAGGUGUGGUGAACGAUCACUUGCGCUCGCUUCUCACGCAGAAUCUGUCCCCUGAGGGCAAGAAGGUCAAGGGCGUCGAGCUGGGUGUGUGCGACCGUAACUUGGCCAGCUCCAUUGUCGGUGAGCUGAGCGUUCCCUGCGACACCGGCGAGACGUCGCAAGAGCUCAUUCGUGGUAUUCGUCUGCAUGCCGAGAAGCUGCUGAAGGGUAUGACAGAAGGCGACUUGGAACGCGCUCAGCUCGGUCUGGGUCAUUCGUACUCGCGCUCCAAAGUGAAGUUCAACGUCAACCGCAGUGAUAACAUGAUCAUCCAGGCUAUUGCCCUCCUUGACACGCUUGACAAGGAUGUGAACACCUUCGCGAUGCGUGUGCGUGAGUGGUACGGCUGGCACUUCCCUGAGCUUGUGCGCAUUGUUCCGGAUAAUAUUACCUAUGCACGCGUGGCCCGCUUUGUGAAGGCCAAGGAGAACCUCAGCGAAGAACACCUCGAUGAGCUCACAGACAUUGUCGGCAGUGACGAGACCAUGGCGCGUAACAUUCUCGAUGCGGCUCGUGCUAGUAUGGGUACCGAGAUUGGCGAGCUCGACAUGAUUAACAUUGAGAACUUUGCUGAUCGCGUGGUUCAAUUGGCGGACUACCGCAAGAACAUGCAUGAAUACCUCGUGGAGAAGAUGCAUCUCGUGGCGCCAAACCUUUCGGCCCUGUUGGGUGAGGUGAUUGGCGCGCGUUUGAUUUCGCAUGCUGGCUCAUUGACCAACCUGGCCAAAUACCCGGCCUCGACCGUGCAGAUUCUUGGUGCUGAAAAGGCACUGUUCCGCGCCCUCAAGACGAAGGGCAACACGCCCAAGUAUGGUCUGAUUUACCAUGCCUCGGCUAUCUCGCGCGCGGCGCCAAAGAACAAGGGUCGCAUGUCGCGCUUCCUUGCGAACAAGAUCAGCAUUGCAUGCCGCAUUGACUGCUUCUCGGAUGCACCAUCGACCAAGUUUGGUGAAGUCUUGCACCAGCAGGUGGAAGAGCGUCUGGCCUUCUACGAGACUGGCAAGCCAACGACAAAGAAUAGCGACGCUAUGCGCAAGGCCAUUGCCGCGUUGGAAGAGGCGGCAGGUGACUUGAUGGAUGUGGAUGCGGUGGAGGACGAUGACGCAGAGGAUGAAGAGGACGAGGAGUCUGCUGAACCCAUCAAAAAGAAGGAGAUGAGCAAGGCGUCCAAGAAGGAAAAGAAGGAGAAGGAGAAAAAGUCCUCCAAGUCCAAAUCGAAGGCCAGCGAUGUAGAGAAGGCGGCGAAGAAGGCUGCCAAGAAGGCUGCCAAGGAAGGCAAGGACAAAAAGAAGAAGAAGGAUGCGUAA